AGGGAAAUUGAUAAAGUUGGGGGGGGUGGUGCGUGGCGCUGUCGUUGCGGAUAACAGGAACGAACGACACAAGGAGCACGAGACAAAGACCAGACUCUUCCUCUCGAAAGGGAAAAGCCUCCCCCUCACGCGAAAGGAGGAGAAGCAGAGGAAGGAGGAGGAGGAGGAGGAGAAGGAGAGAGAACAAAGGCAAAACGAGCCAAACCCACAAAAGAAAGAGCACCCCCCACCAGCAUCAUCUCUCUCUCUCUGUCCGUCUCUGCGAUUCGAUUCCCCUUUCUCUUUCUCUCUCCCUCUCUCUCUCUCUCUGUGAAAACGAAGUCAGAAAAGAGGGCAAAAGAAAGGAGCUUGGGAGCGCGACGGUGGUGGUGGCGGCGGCGGCGGCGGCGGUGGGUGGUGGAUUAUCUGCGGAAAUUUAUUCAUCAAUUUCUUGAUUCCCUCACGUCUCGAAUACCGAAAGUCUCGAAGAUUCCGCCCAUGUCCUGACUGUGUCGUCAUCGCCCUUCACCCUCUUCUUCUUCUUCCUCUCCCCCCGCUUCCAUUUCUCUCGGUCUUUCGCCUCCCCCCCCACCCUUCAUCGCUCGUCAAUGGCCGUUCAAGCUCAGUACCCUUCCAACAUCCUCUUCCUUAACAGGAACGUGCAGGAAGGGCGUGAUUACUCGGUGCAGGCACACCCAGGAGGAUAUCUCGAUCAAUCCAGCGCUCUAUUCACCAAUGGAGGAAGCGCCAACCCACGCAAGAGAGGAAGAGAAGAUGCGAUCUCCCCCGACAACACAUCGUCGUUCAUGGACCUAUACACUCUGCAACCUCAACCUCAACAUCAGCCUCAGCCUCAACCUCAGCCUCAGCUCGUAGACCUCGCUCAACUUCAUAACCAGCAAUCAGCGAAUGCAGUAUCCAUCGGCCUGCGAUUAUCUCCCAGCGACCUGCAAAUCCAGCGUCUCUCUCGCCGAUCAGCUACUCCGAGCCCGAGCCCGAGCCCGACAUCGUCGCUUCUCUCCAGUGAUUUCGCUUCCCUAAUCAAGCAACAAAGAGAAGAGAUAGACCAAUUCCUUCAAGCGCAGGGAGAACAGUUGCGGCGCAUGUUGGCCGAGAAGAGGCGGAGGCAAUACCGCGCGCUGCUCGUCGCGGCGGAGGAAUCCGUCGCCCGGAAGCUGCGGGAGAAGGACGCGGAGGCGGAGAAGGCCGCGCGCCGCAACGCCGAGCUGACCGCGCGCGCCGCCCAGCUCGGCGCGGAGGCCCGGGCCUGGGAGGCCAAAGCCAGGGCCCAGGAAGCCGCGGUGGCGUCCCUGCAGGCGCAGCUGGAGCAAGCGCAGGUGAUGAUGGGCGGCGGGCGGGACCGGAGGUCGGAGAACGCCGGCGAGGCCGGGCCGGAGGCGCAGGCGGAGGACGCCGAGUCGGUGUACGCGGACCCGGACAGGGCCGCCGGGUCGGGCCCGGGCUGCAGGGCGUGCGGCGAGCGGGUGGCGACGGUGGUGCUGCUGCCGUGUCGGCACUUCUGCGUGUGCGCCGAGUGCGACAGGGUGGUUGGGGCGUGCCCCGUGUGCUUCUGCAUGCGGGGCUCGAGCGUGGAAGUUUUCCUUUCCUAAUGGGCCCACGCCGAGGCCCAACAUUAGGCCCAUUAUUGGGCCCAAAGCGAUGGACACGACGACGGUCCACGGUCAAAACAGGUGGAAGAGACCUCAGAGAACCCGAAAGAGGAAAUAAAACGAAAAAGCAAAAUAUGGGAAAAUUUUCAUAAAUCUUAUUACAAGUUCGAGAAUGAGAAUCCUCGCUCUCACAGUUUUAUUCUGUUUAUUUCUUUUCAUUAUUAUUAUUAUUAUUUUCUUUUUGGGUGUGUGUACAGGGCGGCUGCUGCUGAAGUUCACUCGCAUUUUCAUUUUGUUCCUUCUUUUUAUUUUCUUUUUAUAUUUUAUUGAAUUAGAGCAGUAUAUAAAUUCUUUCAUUAAGGUUUCCCA